AUGGUUCGUGUGGCACACAGCAAAUUUGAUCCAGUGAAACGCUGUUCCCUCAAACCAUCUAGACCCGAGAUGUUUGGAAAAGCGCUUGUGUGCAGGCGAUUGGGAAUCAUAGAAGUUGAUUACUUUGGACUGCAGUUUACGGGUAGCAAAGGUGAAAAUUUAUGGCUGAAUCUGAGAAACCGGAUCUCUCAACAGAUGGAUGGGCUAGCCCCUUACCGGCUUAAACUGAGAGUCAAGUUCUUCGUGGAGCCUCAUCUCAUCCUACAGGAGCAGACUAGGCACAUUUUUUUCUUGCACAUCAAGGAGGCCCUCUUGGCAGGCCACCUCCUUUGCUCCCCAGAGCAGGCAGUGGAACUCAGUGCCCUCCUGGCCCAGACCAAGUUUGGGGACUACAACCAAAACACUGCCAAGUACAACUACGAGGAGCUGUGUGCAAAGGAGCUCUCCAGUGCUGCCUUAAACAGCAUUGUUGCAAAGCAUAAGGAGUUGGAGGGGACCAGCCAGGCUUCUGCUGAAUACCAAGUUUUGCAGAUUGUGUCGGCAAUGGAAAACUAUGGCAUAGAGUGGCAUUCUGUGAGGGACAGCGAAGGGCAGAAACUCCUCAUUGGGGUUGGACCUGAAGGAAUCUCAAUUUGUAAAGAUGACUUUAGCCCAAUUAACAGGAUAGCUUAUCCUGUGGUGCAGAUGGCCACCCAGUCAGGAAAGAACGUGUACUUGACAGUCACCAAGGAGUCUGGGAAUAGCAUCGUGCUGCUGUUUAAAAUGAUCAGCACCAGGGCGGCCAGCGGGCUCUACCGAGCGAUAACUGAAACGCAUGCUUUCUACAGGUGUGACACGGUGACUAAUGCCGUCAUGAUGCAGUAUAGUCGCGACUUGAAGGGCCACUUGGCGUCUCUGUUUCUGAAUGAGAACAUUAACCUUGGCAAGAAGUAUGUCUUCGAUAUUAAAAGAACAUCAAAGGAGGUAUAUGACCAUGCCAGGAGGGCGCUGUACAAUGCUGGCAUUGUGGACCUCGUUUCUAGAAGUGACCAGAGCCCUCCAAACUCUCCUCUGAAGUCCUCAGAGAGCAGCCUGAACUGCAGCAGCUGUGAGGGCCUCAGCUGCCAGCAGACCAGGGCGCUGCAGGAGAAGCUGCGCAAGCUGAAGGAAGCCAUGCUGUGCAUGGUGUGCUGCGAGGAGGAGAUCAACUCCACCUUCUGUCCUUGUGGCCACACUGUGUGCUGUGAGAGCUGUGCUGCCCAGCUGCAGUCGUGCCCCGUCUGCAGGUCGCGUGUAGAACACGUCCAGCACGUCUAUCUGCCCACCCACACCAGUCUUCUCAAUCUAACUGUGAUCUGAUUGUUGUGCGUUUAUCAGACUUGCCAUGUUUCCAUAAACCGCACUAUUACAAACUAUAAAACUGAUAGAUUGUGGAGAAAGUAAUUCUUCCAACACCCAUCUGCCAUGCGACAUUAGGAAAAAAAAGGAAGAAAAAUAACAAUACAGUUACUCCACCGCAAAAACACAUCCAUGCGUAGACCCAACAGCUCCGGUGUGGGGACCAGGAAGAGCUCUCAGACAAAGGCACAUUUCCUUGGACUUUAAUUUUUUUAUGAUCAAAUAAAGGAAUAGGUAAAAUCUUCUUUGAUGUCAGUUAGGUGGCAACAUAGCCAAAAAGUGGGUACCUUUUAGGAAAUGCUGUUGUAAAUCUCCUUAAUGCAUCCCAAGGUAAGUUUCCUACCUGCAGCAGAUUUUGUAAGAAUUAGUUCUAAGACUUUAUUUUGUUCUUUUUGUAUGGUCAUGGAGCUCUGAACAUUUUUAAUAGGAAAAUUUUUCUUAAAGAAAUAGUCAUUGUUUUAAUGUCAUUUCCGUUUUUAUAACUUGUUCAAGAAUGAUUAGAAGGCAAACAUUUAAAAAUCAAUUCUGUGACUUUUAAAAAGUUGACAAUAGUGUUGUCAGAUUGAAACCAGUCUGGCUAGCAGAAAGCAGAGAACUCAACGCGGGGUGGCUCCCUAGUUCCCUCUCCCUCUUUCUAGCUCCCAAGCCUUUCAAUUACAAAAUGCUGCCAAUUUGGUUAACAGAUUUCUGUGGAAUAGUUGAGCACUCCUUGGGUCUCUUGAGUUGGUGGAGUAUUUUAUUGGAAGAUUGAAAAGGGAGAGCAUUUUCCUCAGGAAGGGAAAGCAUAGCUCACUGAGAGAUGAAGCCUCGUGGUAUACAGACAAGGGUAGUCCUCACCUCCCACAAGCACUCGACUCCAGCUUCACCCAUGGGUGUCGCUUGCUUGAAGUAUCAAGCCUUUUACAGCCUUAUCAUAGGUAUCUAGAUAUUGUAUCCUUUUCUGUGGCUUUUUUUUUGGGGGGGGGGGGGCUUGUUUGUUUUUUAAGUAAAUGCUUAAGUAUUAACUUUUGGUUGUCCCCUCUGUCUGUUUCAAGAAAGGAUUUGGUUCUUUUUGUUUCUAUAUUCUUAAACAUGUUUUCCACUCCCACUUGGGCAUUUUGGAAGCUGGUCAGCUAGCAGGUUUUCUGGGAUGUCAGGAAACCUACAUGACCUUAUCGGGUGCAAUACUAGCUAAGUAAAAGCUAGAAACCUACACUGUCACUUUACUGAAAUUUCUGCAUAUACUUUUCAUAUUGCCUUAAUGUAGCAGUAAUGUGUUUAUGCAUUUGUUUCUUUGCACAGACAUUUUGUCAAAUAUUAAAACUCUACUUUUUUAUGGCACAUAUUAGCAUAUAAACCUUUAUUCCAAGAGGUAUUUAUUUUUUCACUUUUAAAAAAAAUGUUUCCACAUAAAGAACUCUGUUAUAUCCUAGAGGACUUCUGUCUUUUAUAUUCAAGAUAAUAAAGACUUUAAAGCAAAUAUGGGUAUGUGUAUUGUCACAGUUAUUGUCACUUAAGUCAGUUUUAAUCAUUUAAAAGAAACAAGGAUCAUGAUACGUAUCUAAUUUGGUACUAUGUGGAAAAACUAAAAAUGUUUAGGGUAUUGACUCUAAUUCAAAUCAUUUCACGUAGUGAUUCUCUUGUGUUUUUGGGUUAUAGGAUUGGAAUAUAGGCAAAAAUGGGGUAAUAGACACAAGCAGAUGAAAAGAAAAUUGGGAGAAGGACUGGAACGUGUUAGAGAAGAAAAGGAUUGGUGAAAUUGGAAGUUAACAAUUUUAAAACCCAGCUGAUGCUGCUAGGGCAUUGCCUGGUUGGGACAGGUAAGUAUCUGUCUCAGUCCUAGCAGCAAGAGUCUCAGGCUACAGGGUCAAGGACUGUAUUCUUACAGGACUGCUAGCCUGCUACGGCUAGGCCCUAACUGCUCUAGGCAUGCCAGUGUGUGCUCAUCUGUGUUGCUCAGAGAGUGCUUUGUGGAGUAGGGAAUAUUAUACAUAAUAUAUGUAACUGACAAUUAUCUGUAGCAGUUGAAAGAAAUAAAUAAUUUUGUAAAAAUA